AUGGGAUGGAAUGGGACUGGUCAUGAUUCCCAUGGGAUGGGAUGGGAUGAAUAUUGUUUUUCAAUGAAUCCCAUGGGAUGGGAUGGGAUGAGUCGCAUCGUCCCGUGGUACGGAAAGUUCGUCCCAUCCCAUGACGAUCCCUGUUUCACAAGAACAGGUGAUCCUCUUUUUUGGGCGUUUUUGUGUCCUAUAUAAGGUUGUGAUACACAGAUGAAGCAAUCAUAAUUCAAGAGACACACCUUCAAUUACGACACGCCUUCACUUAACAGUAAGUAACAAAAAAGAAGCACUUUUUUUUAUUACAGAUAAGAUUCACAUGCGAGCAAUAAAUGUAAAACAAAUCCUUUAACAUCGCGUUCAGAGAUGACCAGCUUCAACCCCAAAGCGUCUGCUGGAUCGAGCGGACCAAUUGAUACUGAUUAUUGGAGCUGAAGUUAACGAUUUACAACAUUUCUGAAGCUAAGACGGAAUCAGAGCGGAGCGUGUGACCAACGAAAUGGGAUUGGAGUAGAGUCCGAGCUUAAUUUACUUUCUAGUUCCAAUUGCUGUUCAAUCUUUUCUUUCAUUUGUGAUCAGAAACGAAAGAUUUGGAGAAAGAAAAGCUCAUCAUGUAGUGCACUGGAUGCCCGAAAUGAAUUACAAAAUAAUUCAAGAGAACUGAAUUACAAAAUAUUUUAGAAUCUGACACGCUCUACCAGGAACUACUAGGGAUUACUAAAGACUACGAGGGACUAGGGAUGACUCGAGACCACUAGAGGCUAUUAGGGACUUUUAAGAGCUAUUAAACACUACUAGGGACUACGCAGGAGUACUAAGGACUAUUA